GACAUUACGUGUAAACAAGAAGGACGUAAGUAAAGUAGUAGUCACGGGUGCAGGGUGCGAAGGUCACUUCGAGAGCAGUACUAGCUCCCCGAUUGUUGUGAAGUACGACACGAAAGAGAUUGGACACGAGAGUUGAAAAGCGCAGGGACGCUUAGCGCGAAGAACUGCAGGCAUAAACCAUCAUGGGGCAGGCAUCAUGCAAGACAGGCCCAUCUGUGUUCCUCUGCCACGCCGGAGAAGACAAGGACAGAUUUGUGGAACCUUUGUACAAAGCUUUGGUAGCAAAGGCCUUAAAUCUGAUGACAUCUUUUAUGACAAAUUCAGUAUUGAAGCAGGCGAUCAGAUCAAACAAUCUAUUGAGUCAGCCAUAGCUAACUCAAACUUACGGCUGGUUGUAAUAGUUUUGAGCAGAAGCCUCCUUUCCGAACACAAGUACUGGCCUAAAAGAGAAUUUGAGCUGGCCCAAAAACAUGGGUUACAGAUUAUUCCGAUCUGGCUUGAUUACGACUUAAGCGAUUUUGAUACGCUGGUGAGAAAAUACUCGCCGACUUUGAAAGAACUAAGGGCACACUGUGUCGCCUGUGACAGUCAAACGGGACUAGUUAACGACCGUAACAUACAGGCCGUUGCAGAUGACAUCAUCAGCAAGACAGCAAAACGUAGCAACACAGGGUAUGGUCACUUCGGCGUCUGGGCCAUGGUUGCUGUCAUCGCAGUCGUCAUUGCAGUCAUUUUAGGAUUUUAUCUAAUAACUAGAGAUGACCCAUAUAUCUCAGCGACGGCAUCCUUCCUAAAAACACUCUACGACAAACGCUACUCAUACAUCCAGCCAUUGCCAUGGAAACCGGGACUUCGCUUCGGACUUGCUGAUGGGUACAUCAACCUGCGAAUGCAGAGAGAAAGCGACAGGGGGAGCUUCAUCACGCCGGCAGAAGUUGUUACACCAAGUGAACUAGUAUUUAACUCACAUGAAAAUUCACGCAAAGGUAAACCAACUAGGAUUAUAGUUGAAGGGGAACCAGGAGGGGGAAGUCAACACUGUGUAGAAAGUUGGUGAUAGAUUGGGUAGGGAGGAUUACUAAAUUCACACUGGUAUUUCUUAUAGGGUUACGUCGUUUUAACGGGAGUGUCAUGGAUUCAGUUUAUGAUCAGCUUCUAGGGGAUAAUCUAGACAUCAGCAAAACAGAAUUGAAGGAGUACAUCAAGCAUCAUCAGGAGAAAGUGUGUUUCAUACUGGAUGGUUUUGAUGAGCUAAAUGUGGAAUAUCAAAAGAAUUCAGACGUUCUUGAUCUUAUCAAAGGGAAAAUAUUCUAUGGUAGCACGGUCUUAGUAACGUCUCGCCCCUUAAAGCUUCGCGAAGUGUUGAAAGAUUCUGAUGCAUUUUACAAAAUUGUCGGUUUCAGACAAGAUCAAAAAGACGAAAUCUUUCAAAAGUAUUUCAUCAAUGAUUCCAACUCUGCCAAUGAACUCUCUGCAACAGUUUCAAAGAAUCAUUACUUGAAAGAAAUCACAGAAAACCCACUGAAUGCACUCCUGAUCUGUGUACUGUGGGAGGACAACAACCAGAGACUGCCUAAAACCAAAACUGAACUGUAUGGAGAAGUGGUAAAAAGUAUAACAAAGCGAUACUGUGCUAAAUUUGACAUUAAAUGUGACGGAAGGUCUUUUCCAGCUAGUAUGGAUGUAUUGUUGCUGUCUCAGGGAAGGCUGGCAUGGAAGGGAUCAAAGAUUAAUAAGUUUCAUUUUGACAUUGAUGAUAUGGAAGGAGAGAAAACAACAGACGUGCUACCUCUAGGCAUGAUGGUACAAGGAGAAACUGACUCCAGAACUAGUGGAUACGCCUACGUAUCCUUUCUCCAUCCAACGCUCCAAGAAUUCAUGGCUGCUUACUAUAUCCAUCACAUGUUAACGUUGCACAAAGAAGGCGCUUUAACUGCAGAGUUACUGAACACAAUUGUGAAAAGGGAGGAGUUAGAAGGGAUUCUCAUCUUCUUGUGUGGCUUGUCAGGUGACCAGGCGAAACCGUUGCUAGAUGAUUUUCAUGAUGCCACCAAUGAAAAAGCCUUAACAAUGAAAGAAGAGUACGUUUUAAAAAGUCUUGUCCGUCGCUGUCUCACCUGUUUGGGUGCCACCAAUGUUGCUGCCAAACUGGCUGAUACCGUUGCUCCUGCUAUGCCCGAAGAAGUAGUGUUUGAUUUUGACUAUCUGUCAGUUGAAUGGACUGAAGGAUUUAUUGCCAUUGUUCAAUUCCUACAAAAGAGCUCAGAUGACACUCUGCAGAAGACAUUUCGGACUUUGGUGCUAGCAUCUAUUCAUUGGGCAGUUGAUAUACCCAGGGAUAUGUUAGUACGUUUCAGAAGUGUGCUAGAAUCGACCACAGUUGUUGAAUCUGUCAUAAUGACUGGUUGGUCUAUGCCCCUUCUCCCAACAGCAAACAACACAGUUCUGAGAUCAUCUUUAAGUGAGUUUUUCCCUGAUGACAGAUUGAAAAAAGUAAAAAUUACAGUCCAUGCAGCGGCAGACGCCGUCGGUCCUUUGAAAUGUAUGACGCUUUCGGACAUGUUUGACGACUUGAGAAAAAAGAGAAAUGUAAACGAAAUUAGCAUUUCCGUUUUCACGGCGUCAGAAACCUCGUACUGUGGUGCAAUAUCGCGACUGCUUCAGAGUCAAACCUCGCUAAAGUCAUUUGCCUUGGACGUGUCAUUAUUACAUACAACUCAAGGAUGUCAGGAUUUUCGUGUCGUGUUGGAUGCGAUAAAAAAUCACCAGUCCCUUUAUUCUGUUUCCAUGAAACAGCCAGCUGAUGCAAUUGUCUCCGACCGUACACAUAACGCGUCCGCUGUGUUGAUCUCUAUUGCACAGAUAAUCCGUGAGAACCGAAUUCUUACGUCUUUCCAUCUACACAUUUGGAACUGUAACUCCCCCUGUAGCAGGUUCGCCUUGACGGAACUAGCAGAAGCCAUCAGAAGUAACCGUGACAUUUUGAAAGAGGUAACAAUUUAUGGUUUUCCUGUGGAGAACGAAUCAGAUCAAGAUGUUGUGUAUGACAUCAUGAGGAAUAAACCAUCCACUAUGAGGACACUCGAGUUAUCGAUGGAUACACGGUCGCCAUUUAGCUACCUAUAGCCAUAUUAUAUAUACAUGACACAUGCUGUAUGUUGUAUGUCAGGUGACAGACCCCGAUCCGCCAUAACCGAUAAGGAUCACGAUCGGGGCCUUUGUCGACAAUGAUAUAUGUAAUGUAUGCAUUUGAAACAAUUUUAUGAACAUUAAAAAAA